UUCACUUCAUGCCUCCUGCUGUCGUUGGUCUUUUCUGGAGCACUCUGCUGGUUUGUGUGCAUGCUGCUUCAGGAUGCAUGUGGGCUGCGUCUCCGUGUUGCUGUCUCUGACUUUAGGAUGGAUGACGGCUCAGAGCCAACAGCAGCAGACCAAUUACACCAGGCCUGUGUUCUACUGUGGAGGGGACCUGGUUGCAGAGUCAGGCUUUGUGGCCAGUGAGGGAUUUCCAAGUUUUUACAAACCCAACAGUAAAUGCACCUGGCGCAUCACUGUCCCAGAGGGGAAUGUGGUCAUGCUCUCCUUCCGUAUUUUUGACUUGGAGGCUCACGCGCAGUGUCGCUACGACUACCUGGACAUUUACAAUGGCCUUUCCGAGUCGGGGCAAAAGCUGGGUCGCUUUUGUGGAACCUUCCGUCCUGGCGCUCUGAUUUCCACCACGAAUUCUAUGAUGCUACAGAUGGUGUCUGAUGACGAGACGCAGAGUCGAGGAUUUGUGGCUUAUUUCAGUGGAACCAAACCUUAUGUUGAUGAUGAGCAGUUCUGCGGGGGGAAGAUAACCAAGGCUCAGGGAGAGAUCAAAACACCCAACUGGCCUGAUAAAAAAUACCCAGCAGGAACCAGCUGCUCGUGGCUAAUCACCGUGGAUCCCAAUAUGGUGAUCCAGGUGACGUUUGAUAAGUUUGUCACGGAGCCUGACGCCUACUGCCGCUAUGACUAUGUGGCAUUCUAUAAUGGUGGCGAGAAAGACGACUCUCAACUAAUUGGAAAAUACUGUGGACAUCAGGCCCCGGCGCCAAUUAUUAGCAGUGGCAACGUGCUUUUGGUGCAGUUUGUGUCCGACCUCAGUGUGACAUAUGAUGGAUUCCUGGCUUAUUAUACCAGCAUCCCACAUGGUUCUCAAGUACCUGUAGUGGAUGUAGGCACUGGAGCGCGGUCCAUUCCCUCAAGAAACACUGUCAAACCUACUCCACCAGGCGACCCUGUCACCACUGCACAGCCACCGGCCCCAACCACAAAAUACCCAGCUACUCCUGUUCCUGAACCAACAAAUAGACCCAAAAAGCCAGCAAGGGGCCGGGUGCCGGACACCAGUGGUCAGACCAGGAAGGCGCCACCAACAAGGCCAAACGGAAAGAGACCAAUCCCUCAACAUCCACUAUGUGCCAAAGCGUGUAAAAGGAUCGGAACGAUCAAGACGGGUUUCUGUUCCAGUGGAUUUGUGAUAACUGGGAAGAUUACCUCUCUGGCUCCUGGGCCCCGUGGCACCAUCAACAUCAACGUGUCAAUCAUCAAAGACUAUAAACCAGGUCAGCUAACCACGAUGCAGGACGGAGAGACCACCUCAGUGAUCCUGGCAUCACUGUGCAAGAAGUGCCCGUUGUUCCGCAAAGGCGGAGACUACAUCAUCAUGGGUCAAGUGGACGAAGACGGGCGUGGUACCCUGAGACCUGGUGCCUUCACAGCUAUAUACAAGCCCCCGCAUCACAAAUUAUUAAUGAACAUCAAAAACCAACCUUGUUAACCUCGUUAAAGGCUCGCAGGAAAUUCAGACGACACAUCAGAUGGACAAACUUGGAAGUUUCAAUGUGAAAUACUGAAUAGAGCACAACAUUAUAUCAAACCAUAGAUCAUAGGAGC